GGGUAGACCGAACGCACGCAUGAGGAGAACCAAGAGCGCGCAUAUAUCGCCGCGUCAAGGAGAAGCGACCGCAGUCUGGAAGCGCGCCUCGAGUCCGCCAAGCGCGCGUCCGACAUCCACCGCAAACGCACCGGGCGGUCGCUGCGCGUCACGGAGCAAGACGUCGUCAACGAGGAGAUGUACGAGGAGGAGGACGAUGACCUGCCCAUGCAGUACCAGCGUCUGACGGCCCAUCUGCAGACCAGCUCGGCCGACUUCAACCGCCGGCUCUCCGAAUACCUCACGACGCAGGUCGCCAUGAGAAGCGCGCUGGCCAAUUCCUAUUCGCAGCAGUACAACAACGCGCGCGGCUUUCCCAACCCCUCCAUGUCCAUGUUCCCGUCGCCCAUGCUGGCCCAUCAACAACAGCAGCAGAUGCCGCCGGCCUUGCAGAGACCCAUCAGCCCGUCCAUGUUCCGCCAGGCCCCCUAUCCCGCCCCGCGCCCCCCGCCGCAGCUCUAUCAGCCGUCGCCCCACCACCGCGCCGCCUCCAUGGCCACGCUGCAAUCCCUCUCCGAGAUGUCGCAGAAGGACAGCCCCGGCCUGCCAUCCCCCGACAUCCGGCGUUCCUCCGCCCCCGCCCCGCCCCCGCUCCCGCCGGUCCGCCCGUCACCAUCGCGCCCGACCAGAUCUCCGCCGCUCCGCCGCUCUCCUCCAGCACCAGCCUCUCCUCCUCCAACGCCAGCACCCCCCGACGCAAACCUUCCUUCCCUCAAGGCACAUUCUCGCAAUUCACCCCCCAAGCAACGCCGCCCUCGCAGCCCCAAUCCCAAGCCCAAUACUACCCUCCCCUAAACCCCUCUCUCCCCUCCGCCGCC